AUGGUUAUUGACAAAGAAGAUUUGGACAGACUUGAUCGUCUCCGGCGGCAUUCCCGUUCACUAGUUCUUCGUCAAGCUGCUCUCAUCGGUCUUAUACAACCAAUAAGCAAACAUCCAAAUGACUAUACAUUAGCUGAUGUCUAUUAUUCCUACAUGCAGAAUUCGGACGACGACGGUUUUGCUGUUUGCACGGAUAAAGGCAGAGAAAAAGAAAAUUUAGCAGCUCAAUGGAUUCAAAAGAAUAGCUCGGAAUUGUUACCAUUAUUCAUUCAAGAUUUGCACGAUAGUUUUCGACAUGAACAAGCACGAGAAAUCUGCAAACCCAAGCCACAUAUUCAAGUGGCUAGUGCUAUCUGUAAAACAGCAGCAAAUAAGUUUCGUCAAACUGUUCGCGAAAGUAAAAUUAGUGAAGAGUCUUUCCUGGAAGCCCUCUUCGAAGCCAGUACGAGAGCACCGUCUGCUCAACAAUCUUAUUUUCUCCUCGUCUAUGCUUGCUUUCAAACUGUCGACAGUCAAUUCGUUAAAAUGUAUAUGACACAAGCUUUGAAGGAAAGUUUCGUUUCUCUGCUCUCCGAUUUAACCGAAUACAGCAGUCGUUUCAAAUUUGUUCGAGAUCGUGAGACAGUCGAACUUCUUUUGAACACAGUAACAGCAGCUGUCUCUCUGAAUCAGCGUCUAUUCGCUGCCGAACUACUUGUUCAUUUGGUGUUUGCCAAUGAAGUAUCAAUUAUUGAAGUACAAGAAGCUUUGACAGUAGCCAUAGAGGAUUCAUGGUCUCAGCAAACACCCUAUGAUUUCUUUUCAUGUGAACGUGUUGAUCGAAGCUUGAAAAAGUUACUAUGCAGACUCUUAUUCGAAGAUAUGGAAAAACCCGAAGGUACUCGUAGGAAACGAACCUUGUCCGAUCAACCUCACUAUUGUCCCGAUGAGAACCAGAAAAUACCAUCCUUGAUUUUUCCAAGCGAUAUCAACAAUAAACUUGAAAGACCUACACUCACUUUAGCUUCUGCUUCGCCUCCCUCUACUCAUUAUUAUUCAACGGACAGUGUGACUAUAAAGAUCAUAAUAGAUUGAGCAUUUUUAUUCCAAAAGAAGAGAAUCAAAAUUACCAAGACUAUUUUAAGCGCAGACGGAAGAUGAAGGGUGUGGGUGUGGGUGUGGGUGUGGGUGUGGGUGUGGGUGGGUGUGGGUAUGGGUGUGGGUGUGGAUGUGUGUUUCUCUCAACAGAUUGAUUACGUCCACAUGCACAUCCACCCCACACCGGUUCAUACUCACUCCUGUAAGGCAAAACGCCGAUAAAUUAGAUUAAAAUCGAUUAAUAUUAUUAAAAAUCAUUAAAAUCGGAUUAGAGUCAUGCCAUUUCAGUCUAUUUUUAAUUCAGGAAUAUCCCCAAAAUGAGGUUACGUUUUGAUUAUUCAUGAUUCAAAUCUUUCAUUUCCAAACUUUAUGAUUGAGAUCAGCUGGCUAUUAUAGGACAGUGCUUGAACGAAUUACAGUGUAGAUGACCAAAUCAUAGUUGCGUUUGCAAUUAGCUAGAUCGAAAGAUAAUACGAACUUCAAAUUAGUCAUUCAUAGCCAAGAUGUUUUUUUUUCAUUACUGAAUGAAACAAGCUUCUGGGAAAAUUUAUCAUGGUAAAUCAGAUUACAACUAAUUUGAAUUACAUCGCUCAAAAAUAUGGAGAUCUUAUUUUUCAGUUUUAAGAAAAUAACGGGUGACGCAGAAUAAAUUAUACUGUUAGUAUUUUUAAUAUUUCUCCUCUAUCAAUCAUGCCCAUGAUGAAAACACAUUUUAUUAUAAAAACAGAGCGUUUGAAAUUUUCUACAAUACCAUAUAUGACUAGGCCCGAAAUCUGUUUUAGAUAUAUUUGAGAAAAAGGUGGAAAGUAAAGACAUACACAAAGUUGUAAAAACUAACGCGGUUGAAAAUCAUGAGUGAUCACAACUUGCAUCUCAUUUAUAUCUCUUUGCAGUAAUAGAAAAACAAAGUACACCAAAAGAUGCAGCGUGAAAAGCUCUACAAUUUACACAAGAUCGCUUACUGUAUGGUUACACUUUUUCUUUUCAAAACAGACAAUAUUUUGAUUGAUCCAAUUUCGACGGUGUCAAAAACGAGAUCUUAUUUUUGUUCAAGAUGAAUUCAAUUUUUAUUAUUUCAUCGUCUUAUUGAUGUAUUCUAUUUAUAAAAAAGAGCUAAAUACACUACAAGAUGCUCCGAGAAAAGCUCUACAAUUUAGAAAGAGCAAUUAUAGAAAAGUGAAAUAAGAGAGAAACAAAUUCAUCUUGUACCAGAAAAAACAUCAUUUUCGCAUUAUUCAAAUUUCAAUCCUCACAAUAUUGUCCAUUUUGAAAACAAAAAGCGCAACUCUAAAGUACCGCCCUUUAUGUAAAUUGUAGAGAUUUUCACGCUGCAUCUUAUAUUAUAUUAUUCUUUUUUAAUAGGGCUAAUUAUAUGAUAAAAAAUUUAGAUGCAAAAUGCGAUCAAAUAUUAUGAUCAAUUCAUUAGUUCUUACGGCGUUUUAUAUAUCUUUACUUUUUAUCAUUUUUCAAAUAUAUCUAAAACAGAUUUCGAGCCUUUUUAUAUAUGAUUUUGUAGAGAAUUUCAACCGUUCUUUUGUAAUAAUAAUAUGUGUUUCCAUCAUUGAUAUGAUAGAAGAGAAAUGUUAAAAAUACUAACAGUAUAAUUUAUUCUGCGCCACCCGUUACUUUUU